AUGAAUAUAAGAAUAAAUAAAGUGUUAAUUAGUAAACCAAUUUUUAAUCAUACAAUAAAUUCAUUAACAAUUAAAUUUUAUUAUUAUAAUAUUGAUAAUAAUAAUAAUAAUAAUUAUUAUAAUUUAAUAAUUAAUUUAAUAAAUAAUAUAAAUAAAUUAAGUAAUAUUUUAUCAUAUUUUUAUAAUAAAAAAGUUAUUAUUAAACCUAUUAAAUUAUCAUAUAUUUAUUUAAAUAAUGAUAUUUUUAGUAAUUUUAUUAGUUAUUUAACUAAUAAUUCAUUAAAUUUAAAUAAUAAAUCAUUAAAUCUAAAUAAUAAAACAAAUAUUGAUUCUAUUUUUAAAGAAUAUUUAAAUUUAUUUAAUAAUAUUAUACCAUUAAAUAUUAAUAAUAAUAUAAAAAAUAAUAAUAUUAAUAAUAUUAAUAAUAAUAAUAUUAAUAAUAUACCAAUAAAUUUAUUAAUAUAUAAAUAUUUAAUAGGAUGA